AUGGCAGCUACAACAACGGCACAGUUCGGGACAUGGAAGAGUCCUAUCACAGUGGAGACCAUCACUGCGGAAAGCAGUGAUAUAAUUGAAGUAGCCACAACUCCUGAUGGAAAGAUCUACACAGUUGAGGCCCCACCCAGCGUGGAUGGGAGAUGCACCAUUUUUGAGUACCAACAAGGAGCGCGUCAUGAAGUGCUACCAGCUACCUAUAGUGCUCGGACCGCUGUAUAUGGAUACGGUGGAUCUGCACUGGCAGUAACGACAAAAGGAGCCGUGAUUUUUGCGGAUUGGAAAACCAAAGGAGUCUUCUCCCUCGACCCUGCCACGCAGAAUGUGACACCUGUGGUGGAUACAGAUCCCCAGGUAUUCUUUGCCGACUUCGACGCCCAUCCGAUAAAUUCACAGUGGAUCCUAGCAAUUCGCGAAGACCAUCAUGUCCAACCGGAGGAGAAGAAUACUCUAGUUGCUUUGAAUACUUCAGAUCGCAGUGUCCAUGUUUUGGCUUCAGGAGCCGACUUUUAUUCGUCGGCCCGGUUUAAUCCUGCUGGAGAUCGUAUCUGCUGGAUCCAGUGGAGCCAUCCUGAUAUGCCAUGGACGGGUACUAGGCUAUUUGUCGGUUCGUGGACAGGGGACGGCACAGUUACCGACGUGAAGGAGAUUGAUGGCGAAGCACGUAAUGUAAGUAUCAAUAAAGCAAAAUGGGGGCCUGAUGGAACACUCUUCUAUACGAGCGAUCGCUCAGGUUACUGGCAACUUCAAGCGCUACGCCAGGGGUCUGAGAAGCCGCAACCCAUUGUGCUUAGUGGGCUUGAAAAGGGCGAAUUCUCCUCGCCCGAAUGGAUUUUAGGCAGCUCCACAUUCAUACUCCUCACGGAGGACGCAUUGAUUGCCACCUGGACUAAGGAUGCACGAGAGAUUCUACUUUCGAUUCAACUGUCUACUUCAACAUAUUCGACCCUUUCGGAAAGUCUUACAGGAAUAGCAAACAAAGCGUUACAGAGGCUAUCUGACAAGGAAUUUGUGGUCAUCGCGAACAGCCCUACUAAGCCCAAAGCUCUUUACCGUAUUGAACUCAGCCAAUCUCAACCGCAAUUAAACGUCUUAAGGUCAUCUCUAUCUUUAGAUAUAUCUGAAGAAUUCUACUCCAAGGCAGAACAUAUCUCGUUCCCCCGCACACAAGGUUCGGGUAAACUUGGAACCAUCGCUCAUGCUUUCUUCUUUCCACCACAAAAUGCGAACUAUAGCGGGACGCCAGGAACUCUUCCGCCAUUGAUUAUUGAAAUGCAUGGCGGACCAACUGCCAACGUGAGUCCAGGAUUAUCGCUCCAAUGGCAGUAUUAUACUUCUAGAGGGUAUGCUAUGGCUAUGCCGAACUAUGCCGGCUCUUCUGGAUAUGGACGUGAUUACCGCGACUCCUUAGACGGUGCAUGGGGAGCUCUAGACCCAGCUGAUGCGGCUAGCUGCGUUGAUUAUCUUGUCAGUACAGGCCGCGUGGACGUAUCUCGUGUAGGGAUUAUGGGAGGCAGCUCCGGUGGACAUGCAGCCCUCGAGGCCAUCUGGAUGUUCCCAUCCACCUGGUCUGCAGCAGUGAGUCGAUACGGUAUCAGUGACCUGGAAAGACUUGUUGUCGACACUCAUAAAUUCGAAAAACAUUAUGCUUUCCGCCUACUGUUCGGGGAAACCGUACCGGAUGACGAGGAUCAACGCCGCGUGGUAUAUCGAGAGCGUAGUCCACGUUUUCAUUCUGAGCAGAUUACGGCCCCUGUUUUACUUUUACAGGGCAGCGAAGACAAGGCAGUCCCGCCGAGCCAAACAGAGAUGAUGGUUCGAAGCAUCAGAGAGAACGGUAAAAUAGCCGAAAUGAUUCUCUUCGAGGGAGAAGGGCAUGGGUUCCGAGGCCUUGAUAACCAACGCAGGGCUUUCAAAGAACAAGAUUUCUGGUGGCAGAAAUACCUGGUCCGAGAAGAUGACCACGCUUAA